AUGUUUACCUGGGUCGUAUGGACAAGUCGAACGAGUCUCGCACUUGCAUUCGCAAGGAUCUUCGCUCCAAAUGAACCAUUCCGCCGUUUCGCAAUAGGGAUGGCCAUUUUGUUUGGCUGCACCGCCAUUCUCGAACUCUCCGUAAUAUCCUCGCAGAAAUCAUCAUGGACGUCCUUUUCUUCAGCCGAGUCGUCCCUCACCUCCCCUAUGCACAUUGCUGGGUUUGUUGCUUCUCUCUCAAGUGACGUUCUUUUGGUGGGUGCUCCGCUCUACGCAUUCAGAGAAACACGGCUCUCUCGUCCAAGACGAUGUCUGAUAUUGAGUGGGUUCGCAUCAAGCGUGUUCACGACCAUCUCGUCAACAGGAACAACCUUGUUCACAUUGGCACCUGCAAGUUGGAACCCGGCGCGUAGUGAACUUCUGGCCCUGUCGGCUUGUUUAGAGGCUUCGAUUGCUUUGAUCGUGUGUAAUUUCCUGGUGGUCAUCAGCUACAUCUACAAGAUUUUUCAUCCUGACGAGCUGCCCCAACCACGACGGCGUACGACUGAAAUACACAGUACCGAUAUCGGACGGAGACCGUCGUUGACGCUGCCACCUACGCCGCUGGAGUUGACCCAGUUUUCAGAUUCGUUCACCCGAAGUAUCAUGACUUCGAAGCCUGACUCCACGUUCGAUGUUCGAAGUGCUGCAGCUUCUACUCGGACAGUCUAG